AUGGGGAUGUUAUCCAAAGUUGAGGAUCGCCCAACUCCUUCUCAAGUCUAUAAUUGGCGGGUUUAUGCAUGUUCCAUUGUCGCUGGCUUUGCGGCUGUCAUGAUAGGUUAUGAUAGCGCAUUUAUUGGAACAACUAUCGCCCUCCCAUCUUUCAAAAAGGAAUUCAAUUUCGCCGCAUUAUCUACCACCAAGCUGAAUCUUGUGAGCGCCAAUAUCGUAUCAUGUUACCAAGCUGGAGCAUUCUUCGGUUCCCUCUUUGCGUACAUUGCGGCGUAUUUCCUUGGAAGAGCCCGAGGAAUGGCUGUGUUUCGUGCGGUGUUUACAAUUGGUGCUGCAAUGAUGCUUGGUGCAAAUAGAGAUCGUGGCCUGGGUCUCAUAUAUGGAGGUCGAGUUCUUGCUGGUUUGGGCGUAGGAGGUUGUUCGAGUUUGGCUCCUAUCUAUAUUUCCGAGAUAUCUCCACCCGCAAUUCGUGGUCGAUUGGUUUGCAUGUUCGAAUUGGGAUGGCAGAUUGGUGGACUGGUUGGAUUCUGGAUUAAUUACGGUAUCUCUGAAACUCUUUCAUCUAACCACGAGCAAUGGAUAAUUCCAUUUGCAAUUCAGCUCAUUCCUUCCGGACUGUUAUUACUCGGAUCAUUUUGGCUUCACGAAACCCCUCGCUGGUUGAUGAGCAAAGGAAAACGGGAUAAAGCUAUCAAAAACCUAUGCUGGAUUCGAAACCUUACUGAAGAUGAUAUCUACAUCAAGGAAGAGAUCUACGCAAUCGACCAAAACAUUGAAUAA